UAUAUUAUUCUCACGACUAGUGCUAUAUCUAAGGCGAUAUCUUCGAAGGUUGAAACAAACACAUCCUCUUUUCUCUUAUCAUGGCUUCUCACAACAUCAAAAUCCACGACCACUUAAGGGUUUCCCCUCCCUCAGCAACAGAAAUAUCCCUCUCUCUCACUUUCUUCGACCUGUUCUGGCUCAGGUUCCACCCCGUGGAACGCAUCUUCUUCUACACCCUCCCUACACCCCAUUCAAAUCCAUCCAUUUUCUAUUCCAAACUUGUUCCAAAGCUCAAAACAUCUCUCUCUCGCACUCUCCAACACUUCCCCCCUCUCGCCGGCAACGUCGUUUGGCCUGAUAACACCCCAAACCCCACCGUCCAAUACACCCCAGGGGACUCCGUUUCACUUGUGGUUGCUGAAUCCGAAGCUGAUUUCAACCACGUGUUAGAUAACUCACCUCACGAAGCAUCAGAGUUACGUUGUUUAGUACCCCACUUGGAUUCAUCGGAUUCUCAUGCUUCUGUUGUCUCUUUCCAAAUCACUCUGUUCCCUAACAGAGGCUUCAGCAUAGGAAUCAGCACCCACCAUGCCGUCCUUGAUGGAAAAUCUUCAACUAUUUUCAUCAAGGCUUGGGCUUCUCUAUGCAAAACGUACAAUGAUGAUGAGUCUUCAGAGUCAUCAUCACCAUCUUUGGCUCCAGAGUUGAAGCCUUUCUUUGAUAGAACAGCCAUCAAAGACCCAAGUGAGAUAGGACUUAACUUCACUGUCAAUUGGACUGAGAUCUUAACCAAAAUUUUCCCCAAUGAAAACAGCGACGGGAGAUGCUUGAAGCUCCUACCUUUCCCUCCAAGACUCGAGGAUCAUGUUCGAGCCUCGUUCGCGCUCACAGGAGCAGAUUUGGAGAAGCUAAGGAAAAGGGUGUUGUCCAAAUGGGACAUCGUUGAUAGAGGAGCAGAAUCAGAGCCACCUAGGUUGUCAUCUUUCGUUCUCACAUGUGCUUAUGCGCUAGCUUGCAUUGCUAAGGCCAUUCAUGGAGUUGAAAAGGAGAAAGAGAAAUUUGCUUUUGCGUUCACAGUGGAUUGCAGGGCGAGGUUGGAGCCUCCAAUCCAUGAUAAUUAUUUUGGCAAUUGUGUGUGGGGGCAUGUGGUGGAUGCUGAACCAUUGGACUUCAUAAAGGAAGAAGCUUUUGCUAUUGUUGCAAAGAGUAUUCAUAGUAAAAUAAAGAUGAUAUUAGAUGAGGGGAUUUUUCAUGGGAUGGAGAGUGCGUUUUCUAGAUAUGAGUCUUUGGGAAAAGACGGAGUUGAAAUCAUGGGAAUUGCAGGGUCUAACCGGUUUGGAGUUUAUGGAACUGAUUUUGGUUGGGGAAAGCCUGCUAAGGUGGAGAUAGCAUCGGUGGAUAGAGCCUUAACCAUUGGGUUUGCAGAGAGCAAGGAUGGGAAUGAUGGUGUUCAAGUUGGGCUCGUGCUGAAGAAACAUGUCAUGGAUCUCUUUUGUACUUUGUUUCGUCAAGGAAUGUUAGAUGAUUGAUCAUAAAUUCGGAACAUGCAUAUUGACGAAACUAGAAACAAGAAAGUGCACUAACUUGUUCGUUUUGUUAUUUUAUUAAAACAUCAAAAGUCUUCUAGAUUUGCAUCAAA